GCGGGCCGAGGGCGGGAGCGCAGCGGGGUCCCCGGGGCCCAGGCGCGGGCCGCGCUCAGGCCCCGAGCGAGGCGGCUCUGGCUGCCGCACCAUGGAAUCGGGCACCGAGGAGUUCGAGCUCAACGGCGACCUGCGCCCGGGCUCGCCCGGCUCCCCGGACGCCCCGCCAUCCCGCUGGGGCAGGAACCGGCCCAUUAACGUGAACCAUUACGCCAACAAGAAGAGCGCGGCGGAGAGCAUGCUGGACAUCGCGCUGCUGAUGGCCAACGCGUCCCAGCUGAAGGCCGUCAUCGAGCAGGGCCCCGGCUUCGCCUUCUUCGUGCCCCUGGUGGUCCUCAUCUCCAUCUCCCUCGUGCUGCAGAUCGGCGUGGGCGUGCUGCUCAUCUUCCUCGUCAGAUACGACCUCAACAACCCCGCGAAGCAUGCCAAGCUGGACUUCCUCAACAACCUGGCCACCGGCCUAGUCUUCAUCAUUGUCGUGGUCAACAUCUUCAUCACUGCCUUUGGCGUCCAGAAGCCCGUGAUGGACGCAGCACCCCGGCAGUAGGGGUUCAGAUGCCCCCAGAUCGCACCUGGCCACAGCCACCCAGGUCCCAGGAGCCGCUUCACCCUUGAGGCCCACGUCCCUGUGAGAGGCCCUUCCGGAAACUGGAAGAGCCCCGGCGGGCCCGCUAGACCGUGUCCUGGGACGAGCCGCCAGUGGUUAGGCCCCUGCAGACCAGCGCGGGGCCCCUGGAGUCGGGCCCAGGAGGCCGAACUGGGGAAGGGCCGUGGCUGGCGUGGACACACAGCGGCCCAAGGAUGGGGGUGAGAGGCCCGGCCGGCGUUGGCCUCAGGACGUUUCCAGAGGGACAAGGAGACCCCCACCCUCUGCCAGAGCAACAAGCAUCUGGCCUCGAGCCCCCCAUGCCGAUGACCUGUGGCGUCUGUGCUUCCUGACCCGGGACUCUGGACCUCAAGCGCCCUGGGCCACGGGCCCUGCCCAUGCCUUCCACCAGCAGUGACGGGGCAGAGCCCCCACUUUUGUAAGCACCAGUGACCAAUAAAGCUAAUGCACCUCC